AUGUAUAACAAUUUCGGACAGCAGCAGCAGCAGCCCGGUGGCCAGCAGUAUGGAGGGGGCUUCAACAACUUGGGCCAGCAGCAACAGCAGCCUAGUCCCUUUGCGCCUCAGCCGACUGGGUAUGGUCAACCUCAGCAGCAGCAGCAGCAGCAGCAGCAGCAGCAGCAACAGCCAAUGCAGCAGCAGUUCACCGGAUACCCCAUGCAGGCCCAGCCGACCGGUAUGCCGCAGCAGUCCCAGCCGCUCCAGCAGCAGUACACGGGCUACCCGUCGCAGGGCUUCAGCUCUCCUGCGCCGCCGCCAGUGCCAUCCAUACCGAACCAAUACCAGUCGCAGUUCCAGCAGCAGCCGCCGCCGCAGCAACCGUCGCAACAGCAGAGCUUCCAGCCCACGCAACGCACGGGCUUCUCCCUAUCGCCUCAGCAGUCCUCUGGACCUACGCAAGCACCGCCGGCGCCUGUGAAGCCCCAGGCUACCGGCUUCAGCCAGAUGGCUGCCUCUUUCCAGGCGGCUGGUGCGUCUUCCCGCCAGCAGGAGACUCGGCCGUCCAAGACGAACAAGAUCCCCAAUAUUCGACUGUCGUUCAUCACCGCCAAAGACCAGGCGCAGUUUGAGACUCUAUUCAAGUCGGCCGUGGGUGAGAGCUCUAGCACCAUGUCUGGUGAGCGCGCACGCGAUCUCCUGCUUCGCUCGAAGCUUGACGGCGACUCGCUCUCCCAUAUUUGGACGCUGUCAGACACCACAAGAGCUGGAGAGCUGUACUUUCCCGAGUUUGCCCUGUCCAUGUAUCUCUGCAACUUGAGGCUCUCUGGCAAGACCCUACCCCAAGUACUGCCGGAGAACAUCAGAAACGAAGUCUCCAGCAUGGUUGAUAUUAUUGGUUUCAGCGUCGCCGAGGAAGCUGCCAACUCUGCUCCCGCGGCGACCAAUAAGCCAGAUUUCCAGUCUGGCAGCCAGCCCACUGCCCAGCAGUCCCAGCCUCAACCCUCCAACGCUCAGAUUCUGCAGUCGCAAAUGACAGGCUUCCCGACCCAGCAGACAGGCUUCGGCGGACAGUCGCAAAACAUGCAGCCACAAGCGACCGGUUAUCCUGGCAUGCAGAAUGCACAGCCUACCGGUAUGCAGAACCCCCAACCGACUGGUUAUGCCGGGCCAAGACCGCCAAUGCCGCCCAUGCCUACGGGCUACAACCAAAGCAGCAUGGCCAUGCCCUUGAAUGCCCAGCCAACCGGCGCGCCAGGUCAAUGGGGACUUGUCAAUGCUCCUUCUUCUGGACUGCCCAACAUUGAUGCGUUGCAAGCCCAGAUGAUGCCCCAGCAAGGCCGUGAAGGCGGUACCUUUACCACCCAGGGUCUGCAAGGAAAUGCUGUCAUUCCGUGGGCCAUUACCAAGGAGGAGAAGACGCGAUACGACUCUCUGUUUCGGGCAUGGGAUGGUUUCGGCAAGGGACACAUCCUGGGAAGUCAAGCUAUCGAAAUCUUUGGCCAGAGUGGUCUUGAGAAGCCUGAUUUGGAGCGUGUCUGGACAUUGGCAGACCAUGGCAACAAGGGCCGCCUGGAUCUUGACGAAUUUGCUGUCGCCAUGCAUCUUAUUUACAGAAAAUUGAACGGCUAUCCCAUCCCCAGCAACCUGCCUCCGGAGCUCGUCCCACCCUCUACGCGCAACUUUAAUCGAUCGAUUGGCACGCUCAAGAAUAUGCUCCACGAGGAGUCCAACUUUCGCAAGGACACAGGAGCUGCCCUGUUGCCACAAAAGACCGGCGUAAGCUACAUGAAGAACCGCUCGCUGCGCGGAAACAAUUCCCCCACCACCGCUGGCCGCAAAGAUGCCACAGUAUUCCGAAAUGAUGAUGAAAGCUUUGGCUACAAAUCCAGUGCUCGCCGCAGAGUUGGUCACAACGCCGCAGAGCGCUCUGAAUCGCCCUCGUCUGUUGGUUCCAACGACGAGCUGACACUGGACCAGCUCAGAAAGAAGAUCAAGGAGAAAGAGGUGCUCCUUGAUGCCAUGGACUUCCAGGACGAGAAGAACCUGGAAGAGGAUGAUGUCCUUGACAGACGCGAUCGUCGCGAAGCCGACGAGCUGUACCGUCGUGUUCGACGUAUUCAGGGGGACAUUGACGCUCACCCCAAUGCCUCUUUGGCCGGCGGAGAUUCUGAUGCUGAAAGACGUGCUCUGAAGCGUCAACUCCAAAAUCUCCUCGACAAAGUGCCUGAGCUGGCAUCGCAGGUUCGCAAGACCGAAAAGGCCAUCAUGGAUGCUAGACUUGAGCUCUUCCGCCUCAAGGAUGCCAAAGCCAACCCUGGCAGCGCUUCUACAAUUGUUGGAACCGGUCCGGGGGGUGUUGUCACCGAGUCUGAUAGAUUAAAGGCACGAGCCAAGGCCAUGAUGCAGCAGCGUACCGCUGCGUUGACCGGCAAAAAGGUUGACCUUCCUCUUGAUGAUGAUUCUGCUUCCAAGCGUCUGGAAGAAGAAAACAUCAAAGUGAAGAAUGAGAAAGAAGGCAACGAGAGAAUGGUACGCGAUGUCGAGGAAAGUGUUGGUGAAUUUGCCCGCGGCAUUGAAGAUUCCCUCAAGGACGGUGCCCGCGACAAGAGCAGCGAGCACGAGAAGCGCCGCUGGGAGGAUGCGCUCGGCGUUGAAGACGAAGUUCGCGACUUCAUCUUUGAUCUCCAGCGCGAGAGUCGUUCUGCCCGUGUUCGCUCCCAGGACAAGCGCACAGCUCGACCUGCAGCGGCUGAGGAGCCACGCCAGGAGCGUGCUGCUCCUGCCCCCGCUCGCGUUGAUUCUCCGGCAUCUGCUUCACGAACCUCCACGCCGCCCGCUGCUGGUGGUUCCUACGCUGCCUACAAGACGCCCGAGGAGCGCGCCGCCUUUAUUCGGCAGCAGGCUGAGCAGCGCAUGGCUGAGCGUCUGGCUGCUCUUGGCAUCAAGGCUCCUUCCAAGCCCGGCGAGAGCGCGGCCCAGCGCGCUGAGCGCGAAAAGGCGGAGCGAGCUGCCAAGCUGAAGCAGGCCGAGGAGGAGGAUGCGCGCAGAGAAUCGGAGCGCCGUGCUAGAUUGGCAGACGAACAAGGUGUACCUCCCCCCGCUGCCGAGACACCGAAGCCGGCGCCCCCCCCUCCUAGAAAGGCGCCGAAGGCCGAUCAUGCUGAGGCGGAACAGAAGCUUUCGGAAGAGCAUCAACAUCAGCAACAGGAAACUAGUGACAUGCAGGAUGCGGUGAAGGAAGAAGAAGACGAAUUCGCCAAGGAGCAGCAGGCUACCGAGGCACGCCUCAAGGCCCUGGAAGAGCAGGUGAAACAGGGCAAGCUACGCAAGGAAGAAGAGAAGAAGAGAAAGAAAGCUGCUCUGGCCGAGUCCAAGGAGAAGGAGGCCAAGAUAGCUGCCCGACGAGCAGAGGUCGAAGCUGCCAAACAACGAGAGCUUGAGCUGCAGCGCCAGCUAGAGGCCAUGGAAGAUGACUCGUCUUCUGACGAGGAUGGUCCUGAGCAAGUCACCCCUCUGGAAUCCUCGGAGCGCAGCUUGGACGAGGAACCCAAGUCUGCACCCCCACCCCCUCCCGUGCCGGUUGCCUCACCGCCGCCAACGAUAGUGACGUCGCCACCUGCUGAGACAGAGAGCAAAAAUCCCUACAAGAAGAUGAUGUCGCAGCCAUCUGAGGCCGCCUCUCCUGCGACCACGUCUCCAGUGGCCGCUCCUGCGGCCCCGGCCCCUCCCGUACCCAAGGUGGCCACACCACAAGCUGACGCUUCUACGAAUCCCUUCCACCGCAUGACCCAGCAAGGUGGUGGCUCUGUUGCCCCGGCUGCUGCUGCCCCUUCGGCUCCCAUCUCGCGCAAGAGAGCCGAUUCGGAGGACUGGGGCUCGGAUAAGGACGACGACGAGGAAGACUCUGACGAUGAGCGCCCGGGCGGUGGCAACGCAGCCCAGCUGGCGUCGAUCUUGUUUGGCACCAUGGCACCACCCCGGCCGCUUUCUGCGGCCGGCCGCGACUCCAAGCCGGCCAGCCCAGCACCGGCCAGAGACGCACCGAUUGCCUCGCCCCCUCCCCCUCCCCCCAUGCCCGGUGCUGGCUCGGAUGCGCCCUCUGGUCCGCCCCCUCCCCCCCCCAUGCCUGCCAGCGGCGAUUUGGGAGCACCCGCUGGCGCGCCGCCUCCUCCUCCUCCCAUGCCUGGUGUUGCAGCUCCUCCACCGCCUCCCCCUCCUGCUGGCGGUGCACCACCACCUCCUCCUGCGGGUGGCGCACCACCGCCUCCUCCGCCUCCUGGCGGUGCACCUGCUGCUCCAGCAGCGUCUGGUGGCCCGCCGGCUGGUUUCUUGAGCCAGAUCCAGGGUGGCAUGAAGCUGAAGAAGGCGCAGACCAAGGAGGCUUCCGGAGCAACAGUCGGAAAAGUGAUCCAGUAG